AGUAGGUCCCUUAAAGGAAAAGCUAAUGGCUUUUGAACAAGUAAAACUCACCUAUGAUGAAACAGCAAAACACAUUAAGACUCAGGCCCAGCAUACACAGAAGAUGAUCAAGGAGGAGUUUGAGAAGCUUCACCAGUUUCUACGAGAUGAAGAGGCAGCCAGGAUAGCUGCACUGAGGGAGGAAGAGGAGCAGAAAAGUCAGAUGAUGAAGGAGAAGAUUGAGAAGAUGAGCAGAGAGAUCUCAUCUUUUUCAGACACCACCAGAGCCAUAGAAGAGAUGAUGAGAGCUGAUGACAUCACAUUUCUACAAUGUAGUGUAUGA